GCUAAAUUUAUUUUUAAAGUCCAGAAAUUACUAUCUUCUGAUAUAAUCGUUCGUUCGUUUCUGGUGUUUUACGUCCACUUCCACCUAAGGUGAUAUCGUAGACAAGUCUCUUCUGAUAUAAUGGUGCACUAAGAUUUGUAAAACUUUUAAACUGGUGAUUGAAUUAUCCUUGUUUUCUGCUUACCAAGAUUUUAUUUUCUGCUUACCAAGAUUUUAUUUUAACCACAUUAUGGAAACACAAGGAUAUCUUGGCAUGGUGAUGUUUGCUAUUCUAUCACUUUUAAAUGUGGCAGUAGGCAGACACACAAAUGUAGCUGUGAUAGGCGGUGGUGUAGCUGGACUAGCUGCCGCUCGUGUAUUAUCUAAUGACAGACUGAAUCGCUUCUUAGUCCAGGUUUACGAGGCUAAAAGAGAGCGCUAUGGUGGCCGAGUCUGGACUAAAAGAAAUCUGUCUGCAAACUCCAAAGAGAUUGAAGCAGAUUUAGGAGCAAUGUUUCUCAAUUCUAAAAUUAAAGAUAACCCACUGAUAGAAUUGGUUAAAAGGUUUGAAAUUGAAAAAGAUUCCAUUGGAUCUCUUGAAUUUUAUACAUCAGGCAACAGCAAGACGCAUCAAGGUCCUGAUCUAAUGGAAGCAAUGAGAAAAGCUAAAGAACUAAUGCUAGGAGCGAUAGAGAAAGCGAAACGAAAAGGGAAAGAUAUUUCUGUGCGUGAUGCAGUUAACCAGGAAAUUGUUGAACAAGGUUUAGAGGAGAACAGUUUAGCUUCUUUAAUAAUAAAGGCCCUACCUUCAUACAAUAUCAAUGAUUAUUCAGCUCUUCUUUAUGCUCCAGAUCAGUUAGAUUUUGGUUUUGAUACAAUUGUAAAAUUUGGGCUGGCAGAGCUUGUUGAUAGAAUAGUAGGUGGAUUUGAAGCUGAAGCACCUCUUGAUAUAAAUCUUCGACACAUUGUGCGACAAAUUAAAGUGGACGACAAGCGUAAGCAAAUUCUUGUCAGGUUUCGUGACGGACGUCAGAUAUCUGUUGAUGCUGUUAUAAUGGCCGUUCCAUUGACAGUUUUACAGAAUGACUCGUUACUUUUUGAGCCGCCUCUUCCUAAAGCAUUUUAUAAGACUUUUCAUCAAUUAAAAUUUAGGCAGUCCGAAAGAAUUGUUAUUGAAUUUGACGAGAUGUUUUGGCCCCAAGAUAAAGGAAUGUUUGUUAUGACCCCAGAGCAUAGUUCGGAUGCAGGAGUUUUAACAACUUGGAUCAAUUUGAACAAAGUGAACAAUAAAGCGUAUUUAGCUGGGUUAAUAGGUCACCAUGCUGUGGACAAAUUUUAUUCGAUGACUGACGAAACUCUUACAGACAUCGCACUAAAUCGGUUAAAAAAAUUAUUUGGAGACGAUGUAGUUCACCAGCGUAAUGUUACAAACUUUUUGCGGUCUGAUUGGUUAAAGUCAUUACACAUAGGUGGCUCUGGUGUCUAUCCUUCUGUGGGAAAUACAAGAGAAUUAUGGGAUGUGUUUGAUCUGCCUGUAUGUCCAGGUAUUUAUUUUGCAGGCGAGUAUACAACACUUGAUGGAGUAGGAGCGUUGCAUGGAGCUUAUAAUUCUGGUGUUAAAGCAGCAGAAGCAUUAAUGUCGGGUUAUUGUGAACAGAAAGCUAGAGAAGAACAAGAAUUAAAAGAAAAGAAUCUAAAUGCGUCUGAGAGAUCAAAUAAAACAGUUGACUCUAAAAAAGAUGAAUUGUAAUUUGUAGAUAAUACAUGCAAUGUAUGUAAGAAUUGAAACUGGUGCAAUUGUGUUUUCUUUAAAAAAAAAAUUCAUAUAACACCAGUUUACUUGUAACAUUUUUACUGUUUGAUAGUGUUACUAACAAUAACUAGAAUCACAAAUUAAAACUGUUAUUAAAUAAUUUGUAAUUACCAGUAGGAUUAUAUUAAAGUAAAUUGUUACCAGUAAGUAAUUUGUAACCAGUAAAUCCAGAACUUUUAGUGAUUAAUUUCAAUUUGUUAUUACCAGUAAAUCUGUUACCAGUUA